GAAUCAUCACUACUAGCUAACGAAUUUCUUUUGUUCGAACACCGUCGAGACACGCGUGCAGUCCGUCUCAAGAGUGAGCGACGUCCUCCCUCCGACGCCGAACCAUGGUCCCGACGCCGCCGAGAGCUCCGGGCCGCGCCGCCGCCGUCCUCCCCCUCCUCUUCCUCUUCCUCACACCGGCGGAGGCGGUGCCCUUCGUCGUCCUGCACGGGAUCGGGGGCGAGUGCACCGACAGCAGCGUCGCCGAGUUCACCCGGCUCCUGGCCGGCUGGUCCGCCGCCGACGGCCACUGCCUAGAAAUUGGAAACGGGGCACGGGACUCCUGGCUCAUGCCUCUCCACCAACAGGCUGAUAUCAUGUGCAACAAGGUAAAGGAGAUGAAAGAGCUAAGCGGCGGCUAUAACAUUGUUGGUCUGUCUCAGGGGAACUUGAUUGGCCGGGCAGUAGUCGAGUAUUGUGAUGAUGGACCACCGGUCAAGAAUUUCAUAUCACUGGCUGGGCCUCAUGCUGGUACUGCUUCCGCGCCACACUGUGGUUCUGGUUUUUUCUGUGUUAUUGUUGAUGCCCUGAUCAAAUCGGAGAUUUACUCGGACUACGUCCAGGAACAUCUUGCGCCAAGUGGUUACAUCAAGAUCCCAACUGAUAUGGACGAUUAUCUGAAGGGAUGCAAGUUUCUUCCCAAACUUAACAACGAGAUACCAGGUGAAAGAAAUGCUACCUACAAGGAAAGGUUCAGCAGCCUAGAGAAUUUAGUACUUAUCAUGUUUGAGAGUGAUACCGUCCUCAUACCGCGGGAGACGUCAUGGUUUGGUUAUUAUCCUGAUGGAGCCUUUGAUCCAGUCCUACCUCCUCAGCAGACAAAUCUAUAUCAGGAAGACUGGAUUGGUCUAAAGGCCCUGGAUGACGCUAGACGAGUCAAGUUCGUGUCGGUGGCAGGAGAUCACCUGGGCAUCUCCAACAUUGACAUGAGGAAACACAUCCUGCCUUACUUGAAGGACAAACCAUCUGCCUGACAGCCUCCCCAUUCGCUCACUGCCACCUGGCACACAAUUGGUGAAUCGCUCAGGCUGACGGAGCGACACAGUGGUACUCCUGCAGUCCUCGACGUGAUGAACCACCAUCUUUUUGUCAGGGAUAUAAUGUUGGGUUGGUGUACAUGUCAUUCUUUUGAAGCUUUGCUUCUGGCAUUGCUUUGUAGAAGACCACAUCAACUAAAAACAAAAAUCACAGGUUACAGACAUGUCCUUCUUCGCAACAUUUUCUGAUGUUCAUCCCAAUAUGUUGUUUCAUGUAUUUGUAUUUUAUGAUUUGCGAGCUUUUGCCUGCAUGAUCAUCAGCAGUGCAAC